AAUCCCCUGCACCUACAACUGAGUUUAGAAAAUUCAUUAAGUUCUGAUGCUGAUGUCACUGUCUCAAUUCUGGCCAUGAACAACUGGUACAAUUUUAGCUUGCUGCUAUGCCAGGAAGACUGGAAUAUCACCGAGUUCCUCCUCCUUACCGAGAAUAACUCUAAGUUCCACCUUGGGUCUAUCAUCAACAUCACUGCUAACCUGUCUUCCACCAAGGACUUCCUAAGCAUCUUGCAGGUCCAGCUGGAGCACGUUAAGAACAACACACCCACGAUGGUGAUGUUUGGUUGUGACAUGGAGAAUAUCAGGCAGAUUUUUGAAAUUUCCACCCAGUUUGGGCUAUCACCUCCUGAGCUUCACUGGGUUCUCGGAGACUCGCAGAAUUUGGAGGAACUGAGGACAGAAGGCCUGCCUUUAGGGCUCAUUGCUCAUGGAAAAACAACACAGACUGUCUUUGAGUACUACGUGCAGGAUGCCAUGGAGUUGGUUGCAAGAGCUGUAGCCACAGCCACCAUGAUCCAGCCAGAACUUGCUCUCCUUCCCAGCACAAUGAACUGCAUGGAUGUGAAAACCACAAAUCUGACUUCUGGACAGUAUUUAUCAAGGUUUUUAGCCAACACCACUUUCAGAGGUCUCAGUGGUUCCAUCAAAGUAAAAGGUUCUACCAUCAUCAGCUCCGAAAACAACUUUUUCAUCUGGAACUUGCAACAUGACCCUGUAGGAAAGCCAAUGUGGACUCGCCUGGGCAGCUGGCAAGAGGGAAGGAUUGUCAUGGACUCUGGAAUAUGGCCAGAGCAGGCCCAGAGGCACAAAACCCACUACCAGCACUCCAAUAAGUUACACUUGAGAGUGGUGACAUUGAUUGAACACCCAUUCGUUUUCACAAGAGAAGUAGAUGAUGAAGGCUUAUGUCCUGCUGGACAACUCUGCCUAGAUCCUAUGACUAAUGACUCCUCCAUAUUGGACAGCCUAUUUAACAGCCUCCAUAGCAGCAAUGAUACAGUGCCAAUCAAAUUCAAGAAGUGCUGUUAUGGGUAUUGCAUUGAUCUGCUGGAACAGUUAGCAGAAGACAUGAACUUUGACUUUGACCUCUAUAUUGUAGGGGAUGGAAAGUAUGGAGCUUGGAAGAAUGGUCAUUGGACUGGGCUGGUUGGUGAUCUCUUGAGUGGAACUGCCAACAUGGCAGUCACUUCUUUCAGCAUCAAUACUGCUCGAAGCCAGGUGAUAGAUUUCACCAGCCCUUUCUUCUCAACCAGUUUGGGCAUCUUAGUGAGGACUCGAGACACAGCAGCUCCAAUUGGAGCCUUCAUGUGGCCACUCCACUGGACCAUGUGGCUGGGGAUUUUUGUGGCUCUGCAUAUCACUGCCAUCUUUCUUACUCUGUAUGAAUGGAAGAGCCCCUUUGGUAUGACUCCUAAGGGGCGGAAUAGAAAUAAAGUCUUCUCCUUCUCCUCUGCCUUGAACGUCUGCUAUGCCCUUCUGUUUGGCAGAACAGCAGCCAUCAAACCCCCAAAAUGCUGGACUGGAAGAUUUCUGAUGAAUCUUUGGGCCAUUUUCUGUAUGUUUUGCCUUUCUACAUACACGGCAAAUUUGGCUGCUGUCAUGGUAGGUGAGAAGAUCUAUGAAGAGCUUUCUGGAAUUCAUGACCCUAAGCUUCAUCAUCCUUCUCAAGGCUUCCGUUUUGGAACUGUCCGGGAAAGCAGUGCUGAAGACUAUGUGCGUCAGAGCUUCCCAGAGAUGCAUGAGUACAUGAGACGGUAUAAUGUGCCAGCCACCCCUGAUGGAGUGCAGUAUCUGAAGAAUGAUCCAGAGAAACUAGAUGCCUUCAUCAUGGACAAAGCCCUUUUGGAUUAUGAAGUGUCAAUUGAUGCUGACUGCAAGCUUCUGACUGUAGGGAAGCCAUUUGCCAUUGAAGGAUAUGGCAUUGGUCUCCCUCCCAACUCUCCAUUGACCUCUAACAUAUCUGAGCUCAUCAGUCAAUAUAAAUCUCACGGGUUUAUGGAUGUGCUACAUGACAAGUGGUACAAGGUGGUUCCCUGCGGAAAGAGAAGCUUUGCUGUCACUGAGGUAUGGAAAGACUGCUGGUAAUGCUGAUACUUUUUAUAGCUUUCCUUUGAAAACUAUAAGAACAUUAGGUUAGUUGUGCCUUCUAACCUAUAAUGUACCAGGAUCCAUGACACAUAGAUCACCUGUGUAUUUGCUUGAAAACUGUACAUUCCUACAAUAAUGUUCAGUGAGGCAUGUUUGUUUUCAAUUUAAAUGUGAUUUUAUUCCAGUGGAUAAAAGUCAAAAUUCAACUUCUGUCCCAUAAACUAUCCUGAAAUAUCUCUAAAUAUGGAAGA